AUGGCCAAGGCUAGUCGUAAAGGUGACGCCGGCUCGCCCGGCAAGAAACCAGGGUUUCUCUCUAAGCUUCUAGGCCUGAAAACAAGAUCAAACUCCGUAUCAAGCAAUAGUAACGACGGUAAGUCCAAACUAUCAACAUCAACAGCCGAGUCCAACGAUUCAACGGUGGGUUCUUCCGCUACGUUAGCCAAAGUGGCCAGUUCCACCGUUCCAGAAACCGAUUCUGGCUUAACUCCAAGUAUUCUGUUGGAACCUGAAGAAACUCGGAAAUCCGCUUUAGACCCUAAUAAGACCACUACCCCCACGUUAUUCAAAUCCAAAUCACCAGCAUCAUCUUCAAUGGUAAGUAGAAGAAACAGUCAGAGCCAGCAUAAUAAUCAUCAUCAUUUGGACUUCAAAUUGAAGAAGAACUUAUUCCGGAGAGGACUGGAAUCCAGUCCUUCAAAUGAUAAAAAUCGUCAUAGCUCCUAUAUCGACGAUGAUACUGAUGACAUGUAUGAUGAAGAUACAAACACUUCAGAUGACAAUUCGUCGUUUGCGUCGACUGUUUCUCGUACGAACUCAUCUAUUUCCCUGACCAGUAUAGUUGACCAGAAGAUUAGCAUGCAAAUGAGCUCAAAAGACGAUUCCACUUGGUCGGGAUUGUCUUAUGAAUCCCUCUUGUUCCCGAGAUACAUCAAAGGUCAUAGAAGGAGUAAGCAUAGUCCACGUCAGUUCAAACGACUCUUUCUAGCACAAGAAUUGAAAGCAGAUGCAAAUAAACCAUCUGAAGCUGUCGAUGUCGAUGAUAUAUUGAGCAAAACAAGCUCUAAAGAUGCUGAUAAUUCCGCUAUGCCCAAUAAUAAUAAUAGUAAUAAUAAGGAUAAUAAGGAUAUAGUUGGUGAUCAAACACUAGGUGAAAAUGAGCAGCAUGAAGUCUUCAUCAUGAAGUUUAGUACCGACGGUAACUAUCUUGCAACUGCUGGUAGAGAUGCGGUGGUUCGAAUCUGGAAAGUUAUAUCGUCUCCCUUGGGUCGACUUGAAUAUCAAGCCGAACAAAAAGAAAAGGAAAAGGAGACAGCAUCUGCAAAUGGUAGUAAUGGCAUGAAGUCUGGCAAGAAGUCUAAAACUGGUCAAAUUUUUCCGUAUGCUCCAGUGUUUAGGGAACGUCCAAUAAGAGAAUUCAAAGGUCAUACAAAGGGAGUCUUAACUUUGGAUUGGAGUAAGAAUAAUUUCUUAGUCUCGGGUAGUAUGGAUAAAACUGCAAGGCUUUGGCACGUUGAUCGGUUGGAUUGUUUGGAGGUGUUUGAACAUGAUGAUUUCGUCACAUCAGUUAGAUUUCAUCCUACUGAUGAUCGUUUCUUUCUUAGUGGGUCUUUGGAUAAUGAAGUCAGAUUAUGGUCAAUAUUGGAACGAAACGUUGCCUAUUCGAGAAACUUGGGAAGCGAUGUUUUAAUAACGACCUCUGAAUUCACUCCCGAUGGAUCGUAUUGUUUGGUUGGGGGGUUUAAUGGUUGUGUAUUUGCUUUAGAAACAAAAGGUUUGCAUGUUUCAAAUACUUUUGUUAUUAAAUCCAGAAGCUUUGUCAAUUUCCAUACCCGUUCUUAUAAGAUUACUGGGAUUGAAAUUUUUGAUAAUGUUCAAGCAAAAGCCCAUGAUGAUCCAUUAACACGUUAUAACAUUUUAGUAAGCACCAAUGAUUCCAAAAUCAGAUUGCUUAGCUCUUCCCUGAAAACAUUGAUAACACGAUUCAAAGGGUUAUCUAAUCAAGGCUCAUCAAUUGCGGCCUCUAUGUCAGAAGAUAGAAAGUAUGUGGUCUCUGGUUCCGAAGAUUCUUGGGUUUAUAUAUGGGAAAACUCCAACUCCAUCGUCACAAACCGUGUUAAGCUGACCAUAAGAGAAAUAUUAACCAAUAACAAUGAGUCAGCGAGGGAAAAGAUUAAUAAACAUUAUCAUGGAACCUUUAUGAGAAGUGCCAAAUCACUUGCAGGCAAGAAAAUGGUUCGAAAAUUGAAAUUGCCCAAUUUAAUUGAAAACAGUGGUGAAUCCUAUGUGGCCAAUGAGAACAGUAGUUAUUAUACAUUCCAUGCCCAUACUUCUCGGGUUAAUUGUGCCAUUUUUGCUCCCUCUACCACUCAAAAGUUGCUUCAGGUUUCCGAUGAUAUGUUGUACGACUUAGUUCGUCGUGCUAAACAAUGCUCUGAAUCCUCAUAUCAUAAAAUGAAAGUCGACACUGAAAAAUUAUCCAUUGAAAAGGGUUACAUUAUUAUCACCACUGAUAAUAAAGGUUUGAUAAGAGUCUUCAGACAAGACGUUGCUUAUCCAGUAAGAAAUACUUUGAGACAAAUGCUUAGGAAAACCGAAACAGAUAUGGAUUCCUUGACUUGUCGAUCUAUUAUUAAAUCAAAGCAAUCAAGACCUUCAAGAAACUUGAGUCCUUCAAUGUUGCGUUUGAAAACUAGAAAUGGUAGUUCCAAUUCCUUGGUUGUGAAAGAAGAUGUUCAAUCUCCAAUAAGAUCUCCAGUACGUCAAAGUUCCUUUAGAGAAAAAGUGUAUCCAUUUCUGAAAUGUGAUUCAAAAUCUAAAAUAGAAAGAAGCUUAUCGCCUUUGGGCACUCCACAAACUCUUCACGAUAGUGCAUUCCAUUACCAACAACUAAAUAAUGAGGCCUUGCAUUCCACAUUUCAAAACUUAAAGUUAGAGCCUACUGGUAGGAGCAGAGGAAGAGAAAUGCAUUAG